CAGGAAGUUCUGCCGGCUUUUCAACAUGGAGGUGUCCGUGGAGAGUGUUUUCUGAAGGAGACUAAUUUCUGCUUUCAUUAUUCAGCAUAAACGGUCAGCGAUGGCUCCAGCAUGAAGUGUACCCGCUGCCUGCUCCAGCUGCAGGGUCUCAGGCUGCUGUUGGGCCAGUCAGCCAGGGCUGCUGCCCAGCCAGCCUCCCACCUCCAUCAGCCCAGUGUGCUGUACAACACCCAGCAACAGGUGUUGAGACGUUUCCACGGCAGUCCAGUGUGUGCCAAAGGUCGGCCCGUGCCUGCAGAGUUCAUCAACGAGGAUGACAAGAAAAAGAACAAGUCUCUGGUCACCCAUGACGACCUGUUUGAACAGGUGGCCAAAGAGGUCAAAACCAAGGCCACGUUUAACAAGGUGGUGGAUGUCUUCAUCAAGAGGGACAUCAGACGGCGAGGUCACAUAGAGUUUAUCUACGCUGCUCUGAAGAAGAUGCCAGAGUUCGGUGUUGAGAGAGACCUCGCCGUCUACAACAAGCUGCUGGAUGUUUUCCCCAAAGAGGUGUUCGUGCCCAGAAACUUUAUCCAGCGAAUGUUCAACCACUAUCCCCGACAGCAGGAGUGUGGAGUACAGUUACUGGAGCAGAUGGAGAACUAUGGUAUAAUGCCCAACAUGGAGACCAAGGUCCUGUUGGUCCAGAUUUUUGGAGAGAAGGGUCACCCAAUGAGGAAGUACCAGCGCAUCAUGUACUGGUUCCCAAAGUUCAAGAAUAUAAACCCAUUCCCCAUCCCCAAGGAGCUGCCUGAAGACCCAGUGGACCUGGCUCGCCUCAGCCUGAGCCGCAUCGCUAACGACCUGGAUGCUAACGUCACUGUCUACCAGAUGCCCUGCACAGACAUUACAGAGAGCGGAGAAGAGAUAACACUUCCACAUAUAGUAGGUAUCCAGAGCCCUAGCCAGAUGGAGUUGCUAGCCAAGCAUAACUCGAGCAGACCGGUGUUUGUAGAGGGACCCUUCCCUCUGUGGCUGAAGAAGACUUGUGUCUACUACUACAUCCUCAGAGCUGACCCCGCACCACCCGAAGAGCAGGUAGAGGAGCCCUAUGAUCCAGAGAGGUGUUUGGACUAUCCUCUGGAGCUAGACCUGGAUUUGGAUCGAGACCUCGGAGACAUCGAGAGCUUCGAUGUGGAAGACUUGGACGAGGGUCCAGUCUUUGCCAUGUGUAUGACCAGCCAGGGAGACCAGACCACCCUCAACCAGUGGAUCUCUGGCCUCCAGCAGACCAACCCCAUCCUUGGUCAGGUUCCCACCCUGUUCCGCCUGGACGCCGGGCCCAGAGAACUGCAGGCGCCGGCCAACACAGAGUCAGACCACCACCACCACCACCACCACCCUCCCCCAGAGACCCAGAGAGAGAAGUCACACCCUGAAGAAGAGCCUGAAGUUCUAGUGGAGGAAGAGCCAAUAAGAAGCCAGAGGAUGAAGCAGUGAACAGCAGUCAGGCUGUGCGGUUAAGACUCUCAGAAAAUCAACACAUACUGUAUAUGAUGGAGUAGUAUUUGUUCAUGCUGGACGGGGUUUGAACUUGAGUGAGCUGCUGGUUCAUUUUCAAUACAGGUACAUCAACUAAAGCAGAACCAAAGGAUGAACACCCAGAAAUGAAUGUGAGUAUCCGCCCCAAAAAUCAAGUGUCAGGGAUUACAACACACGUGUAGUUUAGGAUGUCUUAAAUGUGAAAGUAAAAUAUCAGAACUUUAUCUGUCCACUAAGACUGUGUUAUAAGCCUCCAUCAUGGUUUAAAGGAAUUAUGGACACUGUAGCACCACCGUAACAUCACAAAUACAAGGUUCUACCUGACUUUGUAGCUUAACUCAUUUUCUGAAAGGGCCUGUUAACGUGUCUUUAUGUUCUGUAUGUUCUCCUGAAAGCAGAUAGAACCUCAUAAUUCUGUGUAAUCUUCAGAAGUCAGUUAUAAUAAUUUACAUGUAGAUAUGUAACAUGCACGUCUCCUUCAACCAUGAGGUCAUACUGCAGAUUCCAGCCUGAUAGUAAUAGUCCACAGCUAUGGUUAAGUGUGAGCAGAAGAGAGAGAGUGCUCAGAGCUGUACAAAAAUGAUCUAUAGUGUGUAUAAUAUUAUAUAUAUAUAUAUAAAUAUGUGUAACACAGUGCUCUAAAGUCAACUUCAUAAAAGCUUCCACUAAAACUUUUAGAGAAAAGAUGAGGAAAAGGCACUGUGUGUCUCCAUCAUAGACAAAUGACCUGCCAAGGGACAACAGAUGACUCUAGUACAUCAGAUGGUAACAUGUUUGUUUCAUGGUCCCUUACAAUUAAAAAUAAAAAAGAAUCUCUCUA